AUGGAUUCAGAUAGCCAGGUCGUAGAGAUUUCUGUAACUCAUCAAAAGAAAAAAAUACUAGCAAGCCCUAUUGUAAUCAACUCUGAAGAUGAUACACCAUCUUCUCCUCCUCCAGCUCAGCAAGAAAAACCAAAAAUUUCUAAUUUAUUUGAUAAUUCAGAUAGUAGUUUAACACAAGAGUCUAUUCCUCCUGAACAAAAUCAAACAAAGUCUCAAGAGGCAGAAGAGGAAGAAGAUGCUGAAGAAGAAAUUUACGAAGUUGAAAAGAUUGUAGAUCAUAAAAAGCAAAAGGAUGGAACAUACGUUUAUUACAUUAAGUGGAAAGGCUAUACAGAUGAAGAUAAUACUUGGGAACCUGAAGCAAAUUUAUUUUCAAAGCAGAUGAUUGAAGGUUAUUGGAAAGAAUAUAACAGCAAGCAUCCUGAAGCAGCAAAUGCUACACCUAAGGAGAAAGAAAAACCAAAACAUACAAAAUCUACACCUAAAGAACCAAAGCGUUCAAAUCUUUCGAAAUCUCCAGCAAAGGAUCUAUCUAGGGCUGGAUUACAAGAAAUUAAAGGAAUUAUCAAGAGAAAUGGCCAAAUAUACUUUUAUUGUAUUUAUAACAAUCAAGAGAAAUUAAUUAACAACCAAGAAAUGAAAAAUAAGUUUUCAGCGGAAUUACUGAACUUCUAUGAGAAAAAUAUAGUAUUUUCGGAAACAAUCAAAAUUGAAUAA